AAGGGUUAAACGGCUCUCUGGUGCGCGGGGCGGUGGGUUGGAGGCUGGUCACAGCGCAAAGCUCGGCGUACACCAGGCACCAGAACCGGCCAAGUUCCAGCAGAACCGCCGCUGCCACGCAGCACAGCAGACAGACAUGUCGGCGCGGAGCCGGAUCAGCGGAUCUGACCGCGCUCCGUCCUACUGAGCCAGAGAGAGAAGCUGGAGAACGGGCGCGUUUCUGCUGGUGUGGAAGCUGCUUUCGCUGACGGACGGCGGGGCUUGGGGGAGAUGGAGAAUCCGACGGAGAACCCAAGCAAGGCGGCGGAGUACCUGCAAGAGCUGAAUAAGAUCAUAGAGACACAGCAGGGUCUGCUGGAGAAACAGAGGGUCCGGAUUGAGGAGCUGGAGCUCCAGGUGACGGAACUGUGCAAGGAAAACGCCUGUCUGAAGGAGCAGCACCAGAGGCAUCUGGCCAUCUGCAGACUCCAGCAGGGUAACCACUCCACGCUGGGGGCCAUCAACGAGAACGUCGUGCAGGAAAAGCGACAUGCCUCAUUGCCCACACAAGUCUCUGAGAUCCACCAAAACCUUUUUGGACCCCUGUGUAGAAGAAGUUACCCCUGCAGAAAAUGGAAGUCUGCAUCCUUUGGGCCAGACACCGAGGAACCCAGCUCAGCCGUGUCUCAUAGACGCCACCACCACUCUGUGGAAGGUGACGCCCCUGGCAGUGAGGUGGGCGCCUCUGUGGACCCCAGUGGCAGCUAUGGUUGCAAGCCAGUGAGCCACAGCGGCGGCUUUGGCCUGGACCACCUGGACAGCCAGCUCUACGGCCACAUCUUUUUGCCGACCCACCUGCGACCCCGCCGACCCAAGCUCCAGCACUCCCAGUCCAUCCUCCGCAAGCAGGCCGAGGAAGAGGCCAUCAAGCGCUCCCGCUCGCUGUCAGAGAGCUAUGAACUGUCAUCGGACCUCCAGGACAAACAGGUGGAGAUGCUAGAGCGCAAAUAUGGCGGGCGUUUCAUAACCCGGCAUGCUGCACGCACCAUUCAAACAGCCUUCCGCCAGUACCAAAUGAAUAAGAACUUUGAGCGUCUUAGAAGUUCUAUGUCUGAAAACCGUAUGUCCAGACGGAUUGUGCUGUCCAACAUGAGAAUGCAGCUUUCCUUUGAAGGACCUGAAAAAGUCCACAGCUCCUACUUUGAAGGAAAGCAGCUCUCUUUAUCAGAUGAAGGCACCAAAAUAGGCGCGCUGGUUCAGUCAGAACAUGGCACGGAGAGAGGUGUACAACUGAAGACACCGAGUACACAGAGUGACUUCACAGAUGCCAUCACAGAACUGGAAGACGCCUUCUCCAGGCAGGUCAAAUCUUUAGCUGAAUCUAUCGAUGAUGCGUUGAACUGUCGCAGUCUACAUGGGGAAGACAGUCCCUUGGAGCAAGGAAGAGGACACCCGGACAUGAACAGAGAGCUCAGCUGCCAAGUGACAUCCUCCCACAGUGCUUCAGAACACCGCAAAUUAGAUGAGAUGACGGCAUCUUAUAGCGAUGUAACCCUUUACAUUGAUGAAGAAGAGCUAUCGCCCCCUCUGCCUAUGUCUCGGUCUGUAGACCGACCCUCCAGCACAGAGUCUGACCUGCGCCAGCGUUCCCUCAACUCUUCCCAGGACUACUGGUCGCUUGCUCAUAAGGAUGAAAAAGGGGAUACAGAUACGAGCUGUCGCAGCACACCUUCCCUAGAGUGCCAAGAACAGCGUCUGCGAGUGGACCACCUACCCUUACUGACUAUAGAGCCUCCCAGCGACAGCUCAGUGGAGCUGAGUGAUCGAUCCGACCGCAGCUCGUUAAAGAGACAGAAUGCUUAUGAAAGGAGCCACGGCAACCAGCAGAGCAGCCCCAAACACAUCCCCCACAGCCUGCCACCGCGGGGACCCUCCAGGGAAGACGACGCCUCCCGUCACCGUCCCCGACAGCUGGAGGCCCAUCUGGCUAUCAACGGUACAGCCAACCGUCAGAGCAAGUCAGAGUCGGAUUUCUCUGACGGCGACAAUGACAGCAUCAACAGCACAUCCAACUCCAACGACACCAUCAACUGCAGCUCCGAGUCCUCAUCCCGAGACAGCCUGAGGGAGGCUGUUUGAAGUUCCUGAUCCCAACAAACCGCAGAAGCUGGGCCUGCACCAAAGAGAGAUCUUCCUCUUUAAUGACCUGCUCGUGGUUACCAAAAUCUUUCAGAAGAAAAAGAACUCUGUAACAUACAGCUUUCGACAGUCCUUCUCACUCUACGGCAUGCAAGUGCUGCUAUUUGAGAAUCAGUAUUAUCCCAAUGGUGUGCGCCUGACUUCAGCUAUUCCUGGAGCAGACAUCAAGGUCCUCAUCAAUUUUAACGCCCCCAAUCCUCAGGAUCGCAAAAAGUUUACCGACGAUUUGCGAGAAUCUAUUGCCGAGGUCCAAGAGAUGGAGAAGUACCGGAUAGAAUCUGAGCUGGAGAAACAGAAGGGUGUGGUGAGGCCCAGCAUGUCCCAGUGUUCAGGGUUAAAGAAGGACACUGGAAACGGCAACCUGAGCCGAGCCAGCCUGGAUGACAGCUAUGCCAUCGGUGAGGGUCUGAAGAGGAGCGCUCUCAGCAGCUCCCUGCGGGACCUCUCAGACGCAGGAAAGCGAGGGAGACGCAGCAGUGCAGGAUCACUAGACAGCAAUCUGGAAGGCUCCAUCAUUAGCAGUCCUCACAUGCGGCGCAGAGCCCCCUCCAGUCGAGACUGCCCGUCCCGGCACAGCGGACAUUCCCUGCCCAGCUCCUCCUCCCUGCUCGGAUCGCUCUUUGGCACCAGGCGGGUGAAGUCACCCAGUCCCACCCCUCAGACCCCACAUCCCACCCUCAUCUCCCACACCCCCCACCCAGCUAACCUGCACCACACGGCCCGGGCAGAGACGGACACGCCGGGUCCCUUGCAUCCACACCACGCCCAGUUCUGCCACAUGACCCAGAACCCGCCGCCUUACCAUCACCACCAUCACUACCACCCGCCGCCCCACCUGCAGCACCAGCAGCAGCAGCAGCAGUACCACCCACCUCCAUCUCACAGCCAGCAGCCGCCCUACCCGCCUCACCCGCAGCACAGCCACGGGAGCCACGGGGCGCACGGCCCCCACCUCCACGCCCCGCCACCCCCGCCGUCUCAGGUUCCCAGCAGCACCAAGCCCAAGCACAGCGGCAUCAGCACAGUGGUGUGAGGAGAUCAAAGUGAACUGUUCCCUUAGAGACUCCUACCCAACGAGAUCGGCACACUGUGUAUCUCUGGUCUGCAGAUAUGAAGCCAGAUUCCAGCCUGGACUUUGUUCACUCUUGAGUUUCUGCUCACUUUCCCCAUUUCAUUUCAGGCCCCGUCUACCAGCUUCAAGAGCAACAGACACGGACUCACGCUCAUGCACGGAAACCACGAGUUCUGUUUGUCUGGAGUUAAUGAACAGGAAUGAGCUCAAAUAUCCUCCAUGUAUUUAAGAAGCAGUGAAGCAACGACAGCCGCAGCUGUAGCUGAUUAUUUAAUGUAGCAGUAGCUCACAGUGCACUGUGAUACGUAUCUCUGGUAGCAGUUAUAAAUGUGCCAUUUACUGACAGCAUUUAUUGAGGUAGUCACUAAAAAAAUGCUUAAUGUCUAUUGUGCAUAGUAUUUUGUAAAGUACAAAUAUCAGCUGUUAUUAUUCAAAUUCUUGCCAAACAAGUGGCAUCAGUUAAGCUCUCAGUAUAGCUGCACAGGAGGGGCCAUAGUUAGGGGCGGAUAUGAAGCUUGUAUUAGUUAGGCCAACUGAAGCUGGAGCAUGGAUGAUAAUGCUUACCAUGGAGUUAGGACUCGGUUCUAAGGUGUACGCUCAACCACCAGGCAUUCCUUGGGUUCGGAGGUGGCCCUCCUGCUCCGGGAGGCGGAGCCACAGCAGGUGGCGUGUGUUUUCCACUCAGUCACUCACCACCGGCUGGAAACGGCUCUGCUUUUAUUUUCUCAAGUCAAGCAAACUAAACAAAGCAGAGCUCUUUGUUGUUCUGGUGCUCCAAGUUUGCUCUGCAUCCACAGGAAGAUGCUCCUUGGACGUGCAGCUUGAGGGGGGGGGGGGGGCGGGCAGCAGGGAAGCAGCACAGUUCCGUAGUGAAAAGCCGGUUCGGGUUCAGUCAAGCCCUCCCUGUCUGACCCACUGAGUCACUAUCAUGGUGCCAUUGUGGCGGCACCCACAUGCUUUUCUCAACACAGACAGCAGUUUUAUAUCAACGGUCCAUCUGACAUAUUAUGGCAAAGCUGGUUGCAUCUACAGUGUGGGUGAUGUGUGCAGGGCUGAAGCAGUGGCACUUUCUGUUCAAAGGGAUUAAUAUCAGUAGAUGAAGUUAGUCAUUUUUAUGUGCAAAAUGACAUUUAUUUUCUUAUUUGUCCAAGGAUCUUUGUUUAUUGGAUUUCUACUGUUUAGUUUGGUCUUUUUGUCCUCUGAUGUCCUGUCUUUUACCCUCCUCAGUGUUUUUGUGAAGUUGGUAUCCACAUGGAUUUGGAUGUGGUGGACCCCUCCACACUGAAACAGAAGGCAACAGAAUCAAACAGCAUGUAGCACUGUUAGAUCGUUCUGUGGGUUUAUUUUUCCACGUUUCUUCAGCAUUCUCAGUUAGUCACACUCCCUCUGUUCAGGGUUCAAACAUUUGUAACAAAGAUUAAUAAAAUGUAAAGGUAGUCGACUGCAAACAAAGUACUUUACAAACAUGUUGAGCCGGAGUGAGACGCUGGAUGUGACGGUCACAGCUCAGUGGGGGCCUUGGUUUUGGGGUAAUGGGUCGGUACUCUGGGAACAGAAAACCAAAGUGACACGUUGAUGUGAUAGGGUUUGUUUUCACAGAAAACUGCAUGAAACCACACUUUAACUCUCAUCCAGCUUGAGCUACACAUUGCAGAAAAUAAAAAAAUUUAUUUCAAUUUGUCUAACAGGAAUGCUUCAACUCACAAAACCAAAGCUGGACUGAGAGAUUUCUCUAAAUGUGAAAAGAGAAUAAGCCUAAAAACACUAAACUGUCACCACCGUGAACUACAGGUUCAAAAAGUGUGAACAUGUCCUUAUUUCUCAUUGGUUUACUGGUAGUGAAGCUAAUUUUGCUGUUUGCAGAAUAUGAGUUUGCAGCUCCAGGAUGAACGUGGCUAAAUAUGAUCGUCCAUGAGCCACAGUGGCAGGUUCCUAAACAGAGCAAGUAACAAAGUUGACAAAUGUGUUUAUUUCUUAACUAUUAUAUUGAAUGUGUUGUGACAAAUAUGAAAUAAUAAACAAAUUCACAUGACUAACAAAAUUUGGAGGAAAUAGAGCAUGUUUCAUGAAUCUCCAUAGAACAAAUCUGUGCUAUACUUUGCUGGAUUUACAGUGCAGUUCAAUUUACAUCAUUAGCAAUAAGCAAUCGGAAGAUUUUCAAAUAAAACAAAUAUUACUGCAUUGUAUUUUUGCAAUAGAGCACAGCGUGAGUGGCUGGUAAAAAUAGUCAUUCCACCCCUUUAAGCAACCAGCCUGGUGAGAUGAGAGUCAGUGUGACAGCAGCUGCACCAGGUCUGCAGCAAUCCUCCAACAAAAGAGCGGAAACGCUUCCACUAAACUCAAUUUAGACCAGGAGACAGCCAUUCUUUUUUAAAGCACAUUGUCUAAAGUACUAUUCAAGAGAGUUUUUUUUCCCUAUUCCUUGUUUCAGUUCAAGUAAAACACACCAAGGAUUCAUGUUUUCCACACUGGCCCAGUAAUUUACACUCAGUGGUCUGCCAAACUAUUAUAAAGGCCCUUCUGAAGGUGUGAUGACAUCACAUGUGUCCCUCUGGUGAAAACAAGCAGCUUCAAGCACCGGGCCCAGUGGAUUUGCUUGCUGGGUUUUUACAGUGAAUCUGGACCCUCCACUGACAGCACAUAUAUGCUUCUAUGCAAUAAAGCUUUGCAGCAAAACUCAUCCAAUUCAUAAACCCUGGUAAAACCCAUUACCUGUCCAUGUUCCCAGAAAACACCCUGAAAUAAAAUCUUCAUGUCCAUGUUCUGUGAAAUCGGGAACAUGGCAUUCCUGAAGAUCGCUGCCCUCAGUAUGAAACUAAUGAAAGCGUUUUAGAACCACAGAGCAGUUGUGGAGCAGCCGUGCAGACUGGAAGGAGCUUUUAUUUGUUCAGCGUCAUUCAUGCAGCUCCUAGCUAAGCAAAUCAAAGCAUUUCAGACGCAGUCUCAGCAGCCCAGCCAGAUUCCAGCUGAGGUGCUUUGUUGCGUGCCGUUGAUGCCUACCGUUUCUUUGAUCUGUCCUUUUUUUUUUACUGUUUUCUGUCAAGCAGCAUGUCUGACUGAACCAUCUGAUGACAUCACUUUGAUUUAUCUCUCUAUCGCUUGUUUACAUGUAGACGAUUUCUUCUGUUCGCCUGUUUUUUGCUCCAACGUGUUCCUGUUUCCACUUCACAUGCCGUGCAUAUUGCAGUACACUGUGUAAAAUAAUAAAUCAAAUCAUUUAAUGUGAGUUCAUGAAGUCGAACAAUUUGGAAAUGGAUGACAUAUUUUUAUGGUGGGUAGUAGAGAAUGAUAAAUAUUUGUACAUAUGCUGUAAAUGAUUCUUAUUAUAUUUAGGUAUAACUGUUAUCAAUGUCUACAGGUACAUUGAAGGUACAUUCCUGCUCCCUCUGAUUUUCACAUGAUCUUAAGCUGCUUCUCUCGGCCUGGGAUAGUACUGACCCAUCAUAGGAUUCAGAACCAUCACCUGGUCUGCGUGCUUCUGACAUGUGCUCCCAUCCUCUGACUCUUACAGUCCACUUCUGAGGUCAACGGGUUGGCAGGAGUGCUCCUAUUUUAUUAGGCAUUCUGUUUUUAAGUAGACAAAAUCCCUAUUGAUGUAAAACUAGUACUGUGACACUGUUAAGAACACAGAAUAAAACGAGACACUGUAAAAGCA